AUGGCUCCGAUGUAUGUAUUAGUUGAAGAGUUGGAUAAGGACCAUACUUCAGUUGCAAUCAGAUGGAGGGCCGUGCGCACCUACAAUGUUUGGCACAGUAGAGGAAGAGAUCAAAUCAAGAGCAGAGAGUGUGUCUUCCAUGAUGAAGCGGGUUCCUACAUUCACCUGCAUAUUCCAGGAAAGAGUGUUUCUCCAAAGAAUGAUUUUGUAGAAGGAAAUGUGUACUGCAUAAAAAAAAAUUUGGUAGUUGCUCAUUGGUAUUGCUAUAAGACAUGUGAAGGAGAGUACAUGAUGAAAGUUUUUUCUGAAACAUUGGUCAAACCUUAUAAAGGGUGUGAUUUUCCAAGGUAUAUGUAUAGACUAAAGCCAUUUGAAGUUCUGAACACACUGGAUGCAAAUAUUUUGGUUGAUGUCAUUGGCCGUGUAGUUGAAAUAUACUCUCCAUUGGAGAAGAUGAUUAAUGGGAGACCCUCUCGGUUGAUAGAUUUUGUGAUUGAAGAUUUGAAUGAUCUUUUGGAUCCAGUGAUUGUUCUAAUUCAGAUGGGUCGGAUUAAGCUGGUCGAAAAAUCUGGAGAAGUAAAAAUUUGCAGUUCUUAUGAUGCUACAAAUUUGCUAUUCAACCAAAAUACUUUGGAGUUUGUUGAAUUCAGAAAUAGUCUAUCUAUGCAGCAGCAAACGCCUUUGAAGAGCAUUACAUCGAAUUCUACUUUUAGUCAUGGUACUACAAGUGGAGUGGAAAGCAGUACAAAAAUGCAGAUCACAACAUUAUCUGAGAUCUUUUCUAAAAGAGAGAUUGGUGAUUUUUGGGUACCAUGCAAGAUUAUAGGUAUUGAGUCUGAUCCCAAUGAUUGGUAUUACAACUCUUGCCCUAAACCAAACUGUAAUAAGAAGUUGGAACUCAACUCUGGAAUGUAUGAUUGUGGCAAAUGUGGUGGUCGGUUUGUUAAAGGUACCCUAAGAUAUAAGCUUAAAAUUCGUGUGGUUGAUGUUAAUGGGACAGCUCCACUCCUUUUAUGGGACCGUGAAGUUCUUGAGUUGUUGCGUUUAAAGGCAGAUGAAUUGAAGGCUAUGCAGUCAUCUGUAAUGACAAAGGUUCCUAAAGACAUUAGGAAUUUAAAAGGGAGAGGUCUGUUUUUUAAGAUUUCUGUGAAAAGUGAAACAUUUGAUAACCUCGAUAAUGCAGUUCCAGUACUGCAAGUCAAACACUUUCCUGAAAUGUUUGAAACCUACUGUCCUGGGCUAAUCCAGCAUAACGAUGAUGAAUUUUCUUUCAAGCUACAACUAACACAGGAUGAUUCUGACUCAGAUGAGGGUUUUUUUUCAGAUGAUCCUACAGAAAGUCCUAUUGCUGUUACUCCUGGAAAGCAGAAUGAAGCUGGGAAUGAAACCGAAGCAGUGAAGCGAAGUCUGCUGGAUGAAUUCUCAAGUACACAACCAUCAAAGAAAAAGAAAGAGGUUGUAGUGAAAAUGGAGAAUGAGAAAGAAUAG